UGCCCGCCGGCGCCGGGUGGGGGUCCCGGCGGCUGGAUGGGCGGCGGCGGCGCGGGCCGCGGGCGGCGAUGGGCGAGGAGCAGAGCACGGUGAGCGGCGGCGGCGCGCCCCCGGAGGCGCAGCCCCCCGCUGGCGGCGCCACGGGCCACCCCGAGCCCCCGAGGCCGCGGGGGGACGGCACCGGGGCGCCCGGGCCGCGCGCCGCCUCCGCCGAGUCGAGCGACCGGGGCUGCGGAAGCGACUCGGGCUGCGUGGACACGGGCGCCCCGGAGCCCGCGAGGACCCUGGGGGCCCCGGGCUGGAGGAAGAGCCAAGCGCCCGGGCAGCCCGCGGGACUGGCACUCAGCGGGCCCCUCGAUCCUCAGACUUUGCAACAGCAGCUGGAAGAGGAGGAGGGGGAAGCUGGGGACCGAAACGAGGGAGGGGAUGAACAGCAGGAGGCGCCCCCCGGCGCGGAGCCGGAGCCCAGGACCCGCGUGGGGGCCCCGGACCGACUGGUUCUGGACGUGCUGGGUCAGCGGCGCCCACUCCCCGCCAAGAGACAAGUCUUCUGCUCCGUGUUCUGCGUGGAGAACGACCUGCCCGAGGUCCCCACCGCCGAGCAGCUCUCCCCGCCCGGGUUACCAUCUCGGGCUUCGCCGGUGACCAACCCUCCCAGCACCCCUUCCUCCUUCCCCAGCCCCCGGCUGUCCCUCCCAGCGGACCCCCUGUCCCCCGACGGCGGCAGCAUCGAGCUGGAGUUCUACCUGGCGCCCGAGCCCUUCUCCGUGCCCAGCCUGUUGGGAGCUCCACCCUACUCUGGCCUGGGGGGAGUAGGGGAUCCCUAUGCGCCCCUCAUGGUGCUGAUGUGCCGGGUGUGCCUGGAGGACAAGCCCAUCAAGCCCUUGCCCUGCUGCAAGAAGGCCGUGUGCGAGGAAUGCCUCAAAGUCUACCUGAGCUCCCAGGUACAACUUGGCCAAGUAGAAAUCAAAUGCCCUAUCACAGAAUGUUUUGAAUUCCUGGAGGAAACAAUGGUUAUCUAUAACUUAACGCAUGAAGACUCCAUCAAAUAUAAGUACUUCUUGGAACUUGGCCGUAUUGAUUCCAGCACCAAGCCGUGUCCUCAGUGCAAGCACUUUACAACCUUCAAGAAAAAAGGACAUAUUCCCACCCCUUCCAGAUCAGAAAACAAAUACAAAAUCCAGUGCCCCACUUGCCAAUUCGUCUGGUGUUUUAAGUGCCACUCUCCUUGGCAUGAAGGUGUUAACUGCAAGGAGUACAAAAAAGGAGACAAAUUGUUGCGUCACUGGGCCAGCGAGAUUGAACAUGGGCAGAGGAAUGCCCAGAAGUGUCCAAAGUGCAAGAUCCACAUCCAGAGAACUGAAGGAUGUGACCAUAUGACCUGUUCACAGUGUAACACUAAUUUUUGUUAUCGAUGUGGGGAGAGAUACCGCCAGCUCCGUUUCUUUGGAGACCACACAUCAAACCUCAGUAUAUUCGGAUGCAAAUAUCGCUACCUCCCAGAGAGACCUCAUCUAAGGAGAUUAGUGCGAGGGUCGGUCUGUGCUGGAAAAUUAUUCGUUGCACCUCUAAUCCUGGUCUUGGGAUUAGCACUAGGGGCCAUAGCAGUUGUAAUCGGUUUAUUUGUAUUUCCUAUCUACUGCCUUUGUAAAAAACAGAGAAAACGGUCACGGACAGGUAUGCACUGGUAAAAUGCAGACGAUUUCAUCGAGCUAAGCUGGUCCGGGUAGGAGCUAUACAGAACGGUAUACCCAUCUGAGAGUCACAUCUUCAGAAACGCUGAGAGGAACCUUCUCCAUCUCGUCUCACGUGGUUCUCUGCAUGCCACAAUGCCUCCAGCUCGGGUGCAGACCCAACAUGGUAUCCUAUCCUUUCCUUAUACAGAUUGCUGCUUUUAAAAAUGGUCACUUUCAUAGACUAUCAACGUCUGUUUCAUGACUCUGACCUUCCUAAUGCUUCUUGGAAGAAAAUAUUUUAAUUAAGAACCAGUUAACCUCAGAGUUAUCUGAGCAUGCCUCUCCUGAGCAUUGCUUGGGCUAUCUUUGUACCUGAACCUCCCUCCAGGCCACCUUGUGAGACUGGGUGUGAAUAGCUGAAGUCCACCCAUAUCAACAAGCAAAGCCACUUUUCAGAAGAUAAAGGCUUGUUGUCUACACCUGUUUCCUUCUGUGGCCCAAGCAGUACAAUUCCUUUAUCCUUCAGAUGCUAUAAUUGUUAUCAAUUUCAAUGCCCGAAAGAGAACUUGUGAAACUAAAUUAAUGAGAAGAAUCGUGAGUUACUGAAGUGUGUUUGUGUAGGCGUGUGAAUGUGUGUGUAUAUACAUAUCUGUAUUCAAACUAGGUCCAGUAACCUUGUACUUGUCCAGUUCCAUGCCUCUGCACUAUUUUUCCACAUUUUCUUAGACCUGUUUAAAGAAGAUCGUUCCUUUGUGGGCAUAAUUUGGUAAUAUACUGAAUUAAAGUCAAUGUAGACAACAGGCUAUUUUGAUGUUGACCCUUUCUAUUUCUUGCUCUCUCUCUCUGUCUCAUACACACUCGGAAAUUUGUGCAAUGUCACCACAGGAUUAUCAAACUUUAUAAACUGAGAAACUCAUAGGCUGCUUUUAGGAAAUUUUUAAGACCUGAACGUUCAGUUCUUUCAGAUUUCUUAUAUUUUGAAAUACAUACUUCACUACAUGAAUAAAUCCCUCAGGCACGAUUAGUUAUUUUAAAUAAGAAGUCUGAUGUAGAAAGAACUGCUUGAGCCUUUAAACAAAUCCCUAUUCUGCUCGUUUCUUAACCAACUUGUAAUUAUAGAUAAUUCUGCUCUAGGUCAAUGUGUGAUAUUAUUUAAUACCCCACCCUCUUAUCUCUCCUCUCUCUUUCUCUCUCUUUUUUGUUUGUCCCCAAGUUUUUCAUGAAAACAAAUACUAGUUUUGAAGGAUUUUUCUUAUGUUUAAUGCUCAAAUGCAUAAUAAGGUGUUGGUAUCUUCUUAUGGAGAGGUAAUUUGAAAACAAAAUUUAUUGUGUUCAUGGGUUUAUCCAAAAUAUAAACUACUUUUUGCAAAAAAAAAAAAAAAUGCAGAAAGUAUUUUCAGGAGGUUUUACCCAGCUGAGAAGUCUUUAAAAAUAAGAAAAGGACAAGUAACUAAACUAUGUUAUUCCAUUGUUUUCAUCACGAAAGUUCAUCAGCAAAAAUGAAAUAAAGACCCCUAAGAAGCCUAAAGUUUCCAAAUCCUUAAAAUUAGCUAUCUGCAUAGAUGUAGCAUUUAUUUGUCAGCAACCUUGUCUGAAUUGGAAUAGAUCAUGUGAUAAAACAUGCAUUAACAUGGAUAGUUUGUCUUGUUGGACUCCAAAGUAUAAGAACAUUUAUCAUUUUUAUUUGACCUAAAAAGUCCUUGAUGGUGCAGUUGACAUGCAUGGAUAACAAGCCAGCACACUUCUGUUCUUUCUGAAUGACACCCAGAAUAGCUGUACUAUACCUUCUGGACAAGUCUAUUUCCAGUUAGAGAAGAGUGUGCCAUUUAUGGUUCUGGAAUGGCAUAUUUCUAAAGCAUAACAUGAUACAAGAAAAAGUGAUGCUCUAGUUUCACAAAUUCGUCCUUCCAUUCAUCCAUCCAUCCAUCUGUCCAUUCAACAAAUAUUUAUUGAGUGCCUAUUCUAAAUGCUUUACUAUUAAAACUGAGAGAAUGAGAAUUUCUAGCCUAAAUCCUAUCGUAAAAGUGCUUAAUUUUUGCAAGUUCGUCUUUCUCAGACUUAGGUGUUAGUUUGACAAUAUGUGAAUGUGAUGAAUUCUAAAUCUAGUGGAUAUGUUUAUGUAGGAUAUAUAUGUGUGUGUGUGUGUGUAUACAUAUAUACACACACACAUAUAUAAUAUUUCUAUAGAUGCAUAUCAAUACAUAUGUCACAUACGUAUAUACCAACUGGCUAAAUAAUAUACUCUCUGGUCUUAGAUAAUCUAUUUUCUUAGGUUAUUGUGUCUGUUGUCUUUGGCUGACUCAGGGAUUUUUAUUCGUUUCUUUGAAUAACUUAUCUUUGGAGAUAUUUUUACAUUAUUUGGAAAGGUUCCAAUUUUCCAAUUACAGAGUGGUGUCUGUGAUCAGUGACGGCUGUGUCAUCAGUGCUCGAGCUGGUGUGUGCUGUGUUGCACAGGCUUUUCAUUUUUCUAUAGCAUAGAUUUUUAAAAAUUAAUGUAUGCAUUUUUCUCUUUAAAAGUUGGCAUAUAUUAGGCGUUUCCCUGUUGGUGACUUAAGAGUAGUUAUUUGUGAAUUUUUUUUACUAAGGGUCAUCAAGAUCUUGAAAAGGGAGAAGAAAAUGAAACGGAUUAUUUAUAUGUUAGUGCCAACAUUGAAGGUGAAAAGUAGUAACAACUUUGGGGAUGAAUUCUGAAAACUACUCUAAAGAAAAGAAGCGUGCACAUAAAAUAAAUAUCUUUCUAUCCAAGGCUUGUCAUUUUUUAUAUGUUUUUAUUGUAAAUUUAAUAUAUACUCCAUUAAAAAACAUCAAACCAUAUAGAUUAUAAAAUACAAAUUCCUCUGCGUUCUCCACCCCUUAUUUUCUAGGGGUAACCACUGUUCAUGGUUUGGUAUGUGUCCUUCCAGACACUUUCUACAAAUAUACAAAUAAGUGUGUAUGUAUGUGUCUGUGUGUGUAUUCGUUUUAUACAAAUAGAAUAAUAAUAUUCUUACUGUCCUGUGAUAUUUUUCAUUUUAUUAUAUACUGAUAGACACCUCUCCAUAAGAGUUUAAAUAGAUUUACCUCAUUCUUUCGUAAAUUACUGCAUACUCCAUUGUGGGGCUAUGCUUUAAUUUAUUUAAUUAGUCCCCUAUUGAAUGGACAUUGGGAUUACUUUCACUUCUCUACCACAAAGCAUCAGUGAAGAUCCUUUACAUAUAUUUUUGUCACUUUGUGUGACCAUUUCCAUAGUUUUUAAAUUUGGUUUUAUAAGAUAUUUGUAAUAAAAUUUUAAUACAUUUUCAGUGAUUGAGAUCCUAGAGAUAAUAUAUUUGAGACCCUUUUCUUGGAGAAAAAGAAAGAUUGUAUAGUAGUGCAUAAUUUUUAAAGAAAAGCAUCUUUUGCAGCAUAAUUUCCCCCCUGCUUGAUUAGCCAAAUAAAUACCUUGCCAAAACUUAUCAAAAAACUUCAUAUUAUUCCAAUAAAAAUGAUACAAUGAGAUGUCUAGAAGAUAGGUGAGAAAGAUGCAUUGAUAUUUGGAUUGCCUAGUUUAAAACUUGAGAGAUUUAAAUGAAAUAGCCAAAUUGAUAAUGUGUGUCACAUUUUUUUAAAACACUAUCCGUGUUCAUGCAUGUUGCUGCACAAAGGAAUUUACUUAUGGCAUUGUGAAAAGCAGGAAGCAGUAUGUUGGCAAAUAUGAAUGACCACAGUUAUCCAUAGAAAAAUAAAUUAGACUAUAUGUAAGGUUUGAUGGUUUGUUGGGACGCUUAUCAAUUGUGGAAUAAUAUGAAACAUUCGUUUUACAAAUCCCAGAAGUUCUGUAAGAACUUCUGUUUGUGGAGUUAACAAGAGGAGAGGGGUCAAACCUUUCGACACAGGCAACAUCCUUUUGCCACCACCUUGGUUUUGUGAUGGAUGCUAUUGGAUCCUAGAGGUAGAACAGACAGGAAAACAAUCAAAGAUGAUUAAACACCAGUCAGUUUACAACCUGAUAUCUUUAAUUGUACUCUCUCUGCUGUGGGGUCAGGAUUCAGUGGUGCCUGUCAGGAGACUCCCUGUCCUGUUCCACCCACGUGUCUUGAGUCUCCAGGCCCCAGCUGAGCCUUUGUCUUUCAGUCCUCUCACCCAAAUAUAUGGCCUGUGGCUCAAACCAUUGUUAUCUCCUCCAGUCCCUGGGGACUCGCCCAACUUCAUUUUGCUCCACUUCUCUGAUACUCCAUCUAACUCCUCUUCACUAAAAGACAGGAGGGGGUGAAACACUCCCUCUGGCAUGUGCAAAGCAUCAACAUUCCUUCCUGACCUUCGUCAAAUUAGAGUACAUCUGCCAAGACAUCAAUCCAGCUUCUCCCUCGUUAAACAAAUGCAAUUGUUUUUAACAUUAGACCCUUACGCGACCUGUUAAAUUCAUAAUUAUAAAAAAAAGUUAGUGGUCUAAAUAACAUUAAUUGGUAUACUUUAUUAAGUACCAAAAUAAAAACAUUUCAUGCCAAAAGCCAUUGUAGAUUAUAAUUUUAUAGGCAAACUGCACAUAUGCAUUCAUGUGAGUCUUCCCAUUAGAUUGUGUGCUUAUCUUUCAUCUUUAUGGCUGAAAUCUAUCCCAACCAUUGAAAGUAAUUUUUCCUGUGGUCAGUUUGAUUGUUUUGUGUUAAUGUCUAUUAUGAAUAUAGCCUUAAAAUUCAAUAAUGCACUUUAAAAUACUUGUGCCAUUUAAGUAAUUUCACAGAGUUAAACAAAUGGAUACAUAUACUGCUUUUUGAUGGAGACAGCAGAAUAACAGUGUUAGCAAAUAUUUGUCACCUCUUUAAAUUUGGGGGUGGAUCUGAAGCUUAAAAUUUAAAACAAGUAAAACAUACCUGAAAAAAAACGUAGCCAAGUUUCUGAAAUUAUAGUAAUCCUAGAAAUUGGUAUUAGGAGCUCAAACAUAGCCAGUAAUUAAUAAACGUUACCUAAUAGCCUCGUUGGAAUGUUUGUUUAAAAUAUCAAGUUAAUUUCUACUGCAAGUUUUAACUGCAUUUUUAUCUUCCAUGAAAUCUAUAAAGGAAAUUCCACUGACUAGAAGCAUAGUAAAUCAAAACUACCACCAAUAGCCAGUUUGGGAGUAUUUUGUUUUUCAAAUCUUUAUAAUUUAAUUAUGACGUUUUCCUCCUCCUAUGGAAAAUAAGUUCGAAAAUCCCAUUUUUUAAUAUGUAUAUCCACAAUUAUUACUUAAAUAAAAUGGGAAUAAUGUUAUAGAAGCAUUAAGAUAUGGUCUGAACAAAAUCAGAGUUCCAAAAGUUGGGGAGUAUUCAAGAUUGUGAAAUGUUACCUUUUGGAUGCAAACCAGUGUUGCAAACCUUUGAAAGAGAAAUGCAAUGGAACUCUUUUUGUAGCUCUGGUUUUAAGGAUGGAACUCAAACUUAUGUCAUAGCUGACUGUUGUGUGGGGUGUCUAUUGUACAUCACUGUUGUGAGGCUGGAACGUUAGUUGACUAUCGACAUCCAAGAAGCAGGGUAGAGACAGUAGUGUAAAACUUGUAACUGUCCAUUUGGAGCAUUAGCUGAAGCCUUGGUAUAUCAUAAACCUUAUAAAGCUCCAUACAUAGUGCCAAUUUUAGAAGCAUGUAAUUAUGCAUAUUACAAAUGAUACUCUUUUUUUUGGCUAAAGAAGUGACUGUUUCGAGAAUAACAAUAUGGAUUUAAAAGGCAAUAUAUUAUUUUUUUUAAAACAUACACAAAAGAUUGCCACUGCUUUUUUUUCCUGCUACUUCUUUUUAGCUAAUAAAAGAAAUUUCAUUAGGUGUAUUUAAUUCUGCAUGAUUUAGAUUAUACAGACUUAGCAUAGAAAAAAAGUUUUUUCAGGUCCAUCUCAUAUUUUUGUCACUCUGUUCUGUCAUUAAUAUUAAAUGAUUUUCUUCCCUGCUUGUAAAGUGAUAUUCACAUACUUCAACAUCAAGUUCCUGUUUUCUUUCCGAUUUCGUGGUUAUUUUGCUUUUCCCCUCUGCAGUCCCCUUCCCACCUUGGCCAAGUGUGAGAUAAAUUCUGUCUCACCACUAACUCCUUUGACUCUAAUGAAAUGAAAUCCAAACACUGAAAGGACUCCAUAAGUUGGCGAUGGUAGUGAACAUAAUUUACCUUGGCUUAUUCUGCCUGUAAAUUGAAAUGUAUCAGGAGUCCCUGGCGCACUCUCCCUCUUCUUGCUAGGAGUUGGAGAGCCCUGCCCCCCACCCCAACAAAAAGUAAAAUGCAUGAGAGGUCAGUUAGAUCAGAAAGCUUAAUAAUACUCUAAAACCAAGCUUCAGAAAUUGCUUCGUGAACAUUGUAAGGUCAAUAUUGUGUUUGCAUAUUAGUUAAACAGAAAGCAUGUGUGGACAUUCAUCCAACCUGACCCCAAGUCAUUCAUGAUUCAUCCCAAAUGGCCAGAUGUAUGGUUUAUGGUCUUUGUUUCAGCAAAGAAGCCUACACUUGGACUUGGGGCUGGAUUUAUGUAGUGUAGCAUUUGUAUAUAAGACUUGACCAUGGAUUCAUGCUCUACGAACAUUAUUAGACUUUUUGACCAUCUAAAGUAGAUCACCAUGAAUGUAACUGAUAUUAUCCCUAUUCCAGAGAGACCAUUUGUCAUUUGCAAAUAUUUAACUUUUUCAUUGAUAUGAUUUAGAUAUAAGCCACAUUCAAGAUAUAUUUAGUGUAGAUUUAGUACAUGAUGCGGAAAAGUUCAAGGGAGAGUCAAACAUGUGAAAGGGCCCCAGAAAUUGAUGAAAUAGUGUCGUUUUGGAUUCUUCCUUAUAGCUGGCAAGCUGUGCUGUCUGUCAUCGGCUUCCUGCAAACUUGUUAGGUGUUCACCUCCUGCCCCAGCUGAGACCAUAGUCUCAGUAAUCCAGUAAGUUCUUAAAAAUAAC